AUGUCGUCGCCGGCGAUUAACCAUUUCUUCACUCUCUCCUUUCUCUGCUUCUCCAUCACUUCCUCUCUCGUUCUCGCUCAGAGCGAAAGCAAACCCACUGUUAACUCCUUAAAUGUCGCCGCCGCGGAGAUUGAGCUGGUUAACCCUAAGCUCCCGCCGCGGAGUCUCUCCCUCACAUCGUCGAAGAAAUUCGAAGGAUCUUCUGAUCUGAUUCACCUCCGGUACCAUAUGGGACCGGAGGUUAUCGCUAGCGCGGCGAGAUCCGCUUCGUUCCCGGUGGACCACAAGAACGGGAUGUAUCUCGUGCUGACGUCACACGACGUCACGAUGCAGGACUUUUGCCGCGCCGUCUGUGGAUUCCACUACUUCACCUUCCCGUCGAUGGUUGGCUACACGAUGCCGUACGCUUGGGUUGGUCAAUCGGGAAAACAGUGCCCGGAGGUCUGUGCGUAUCCGUUCGCCUUGCCGGGUUACAUGGGUCACGGUGGUCCUGGUGCGCUCCGACCGCCGAACGGAGAGACUGGAGUCGAUGGGAUGGUGAGUGUGAUUGGGCAUGAACUGGCGGAAGUGGUUUCGAAUCCGCUGAUAAACGCGUGGUACGCCGGAGAAGAUCCGACGGCGCCGACGGAGAUUGGGGAUUUGUGUGAGGGGUUGUACGGAACCGGCGGAGGAGGAGGGUAUAUUGGUCAAGUGAUGCAGGACAGAGAAGGGAAGACGUUUAAUAUGAACGGUAAAGGAGGAAGGAAGUUUUUGGUUCAGUGGAUAUGGAACCCUAAUUUGAAAGCUUGCGCUGGUCCUAACUCAGUGGACUAG